GACACGAGUGGAAAGGUCGCUGCAAAAAACCGUGCAUCUCAUGGCUGGGCGGCUGUUGAAAGUGUCCACUGUCGCCACUGCAGUAUUUGCAUCUUCCGGAUUUUACCUGUACAACAACAAGCACCUGGACCCGAAUGACCUCAGCAUCAUUAGGUUCGGUCGUGCGGCAGCCACGACUGCCCUCAUCAGCUACGACUACUUCACUGCCUUCCGUGAUGUGGCACAUGGAACCGAAGAGUACUGGGACCUGCGGUCUAAGGUGCACCGGCGGUCUGCGGAGCGUCUGCGUGACCUGUGCUGUGCCAACAGGGGCACCUUCAUCAAGGUGGGACAGCACCUGGGGGCCCUGGACUACCUGCUGCCCCCCGAGUACACCAACACACUCAAGGUGCUGCACAGCAAAGCCCCCCAGAGCACGAUGGAGGAGAUACAGCAGGUCAUACGAGAAGACCUGGGUAAAGAGCUUCGGGAGUUGUUCAGCAGCUUCGAUCAGCAGCCCCAGGGCGCGGCCUCGCUGGCUCAGGUACACAAGGCCGUGCUGCUGGAUGGGCGCACCGUCGCAGUGAAGGUGCAGCACCCUAAGGUGCAGACCCAGAGCGCCAAGGACAUCAUGGUGAUAGAGUUGCUGAUCCACGCGGUCCAUUGGCUAUUCCCAGACUUUGCCUUCAUGUGGUUGGUUGAGGAGGCCAAGAAGAACAUGCCCCUGGAGCUGGACUUCCUGAACGAGGGCCGCAACGCAGACAAGGUGGCAGCCAUGCUCAAGCACUUUGACUUCCUCAAGGUACCCAAGAUUCAUUGGGACCUAUCGACCAAGCGCAUCCUGACGAUGGACUUCGCAGAGGGAGGCCAGGUGAACGACCGGGAAUACAUGAGGAGAAAUGGCAUCGACGUCAAUGAGAUCUCUGAGAACCUGGGGAAGAUGUACAGCGAGAUGAUAUUUGUGCAGGGCUUCGUGCACUGCGACCCCCACCCCGGCAACGUGCUGGUGAGGAAGUGCCCGCGCACCAAGAGGACGGAAAUUGUGUUACUCGAUCACGGCCUAUAUCAGGUCCUGAAGGAGGAUUUCCGCCUGGACUACUGUCGGCUGUGGCAGGCCCUGAUGAAGGCGGACAUGAAGGGCAUCGAGACCUACAGCCGGCGGCUGGGCGCGGGGGACCUGUACCCUCUCUUCGCCUGCGUGCUCACCGCCCGCUCCUGGAAGUCCGUCACGGGGGGCAUCAGCCAGACGCCCGUCACCAACUCAGAGGACGUGGAGAUCCGCACCAACGCCGCCCUGUACCUACCUCAGAUCAGCGACCUGCUGAACCGCGUGCCGCGCCAGAUGCUGCUGCUGCUGAAGACCAACGACCUGCUGCGCGGCAUCGAGACCAUCCUGCAGACACGCGCCUCCUCCAGCUCCUUCCUCAACAUGUCCCGCUGCUGCACCCGCGCCAUUGCCAGUCACAGGCGGAGUAAGGCGUCCUCUCGGAGCAGGCGAGUGCAGAUCUCCAUGUCGGAGGCGUUGACUCUGUGGCAGAUCAGUCUGUACGAGCUCUUCCUGUGGAUGAGGAGCUCCGUGCUCGGCUGCUGGGUCUCAGCGCUCAUCGGGUUCCUGCCCGGAUUCAGCUGAAGAAUGCAAAAUACAUAUGCAUACAUAC